AUGAAGUGGGCUGCUGUCCUCGGGCUGCUCUGGUCCACUCUGCUCCUGCUCCUGCUCCUGCCCUCAGGCGGAAAUAGCAAGAUUUGCCCAGCUGUGAUGGAGGAUAUCGACAUGUUCCUCAUGGGAAGCCAGAAAGAAUAUGUCAACCUGGUGGCAAGCUACCAGAACAAAACUCUGGUCAAGGAAAAUGCAGAGAAUCUGAAGCAAUGUGUUGACACCAAGCUGACAGCGGAAGAGAAGAGGAUGGUCCUCAAUGUGCUGGAUAAAAUGGAGAACAGUCUCCUUUGUUAG